UCGUCACGGUGCUGUGAUCUAGAAGAGUCAAAAUAUGACUAAAUCAAGAUAAUAAUGCCAGUUUUACAGUAGGUUUGAUGCAUAUAUAAAUAAAAUGGAGAUUGGUUUUUAUGAUUUAAAAACAAAUGAACAGUUAACCAGCUGGGGACUAUUAAUUUUGAUGGUUUUAUUAAUAAUGGCAUUAUGGACAUCCUAUUAUUUGCAAGCCAAAAAGAUAAAGAGUAUCCACGAGACAGUAAUAUCUAUUUUUUUGGGAAUGAUAGUGGGACUACUUAUUGAAGAAUUUCAAAAUACAGAUAUCCAAAAAAUAGUUACAUUUAACUAUGGAUACUUUUUUAAUCUUCUUUUGCCUCCAAUUAUCUUAAAUUCAGGAUAUGAACUUCAUCAGGAACUCUUUUUUAAAAACCUUGGAGCUAUUGUCACAUUUGCAUUUGUUGGUACGUUUGUUUCAGCUGUUAUUACUGGACUUUUAACAUAUAUUUGGGCAUUAACAGGACUAGAACAAGUAAAAAUUUCAUGGAUAGAAGCUCUUAAAUUCGGGGCAACGAUUAGCGCUACAGAUCCUGUUACUAUUCUUUCUAUUUUUCGUACAUAUGGUGUAGAUCCUACAUUAUAUACGAUUAUUUUUGGAGAAAGUUUAUUAAAUGAUUCUGUUUCAAUAGUUAUGUUUGAGACAUUACAACGCUUUUAUAAUAAGGAGAUAAAUAUAAUAGAUGUUUUUAUAGGAAUUGGGCAAUUUUUCAUAACAUUUAUUAUAUCUCUGGCCAUAGGUAUCUUAGCAGGUAUUUUUAUAGCACUACUUCUCAAAUAUUCGCAUCUUCGUCGUUUUCCAUAUAUAGAAUCAUGUAUUAUUACACUAAUCGCUUAUGCAUCUUACUUAUUUUCAAAUGGAUGCCAUAUGUCUGGUAUUGUUUCUCUUUUAUUUUGUGCAAUUGCUUUGAAACAUUACGCCUUUUACAAUAUGUCUACACAAACACAAUUUUCUACAAAAUUUUUGUUUAAAAUAUUAUCUCAACUAUCAGAAAAUUUCAUUUUUGUCUACCUUGGAAUAUCCCUUUUUACACAAACAAAUCUUGUUUACAAACCAUUACUAAUUUUAGUUACAAUGUUUUUCGUAUGUAUUGCUAGAUACAUAUCCAUAUUUUCCAUUUCGAAGUUCAUAAACAUGGUUAUGCAAUCCUACAAUAUUAUUUUUUGUGAGAAAUUGCCAGCAUCUUAUCAAAUUAUGUUGUUUUGGUCAGGUUUAAGAGGUGCUGUUGGUGUUGCACUUAUACAAGCAGUUGAAGGAGAAGCAGCAAAUACCCUUAAGGCGACUAUAUUAGUUCUAGUUGUCUUAACCGUCAUUAUAUUUGGAGGAACAACACCUCAAAUGCUAGAAAUUGUAGGAAUUCAUAUGGGAAUCAUUAAUCAUGAAGAUGAUUAUCAUAUAGAGGAUUUCUAUAACGAAAAUCCUUCACUAGAAGAAAACAUAUCUGAUAGAUUUAUAUUCAAAAGAACUGGUUCUUUAUCCAAUUCUCAAAAAAUAAACCAAUAUAUUUAUGAAUCAGAUCAACAUUCAAAACAAUUAGAUUCUCUUGAUCUAUUGUACCAUUCCGACAAUUCUUCUGAAAGAAAGAAAGAUCAAGAUAAUAUUUAUAAAAAAUCUUUUGAUUCUGACAUUUUUUUCCCCACUGUUAUGGAAUAUACAAAACUAGAAGAUAUUUCUUAUACAUCUUAUGAAAUGACAAGAGAAAACAUAUUCCAAGAUAAUGAACAGCUAUAUGCCUCAGAUAAUCAUAUAAAAUGGUUCAAAGACUUCGAUUCCAAAAUUCUUAUGCCUUUAGUUAUUGAAAAAGAUAUCAUGUCAAAAAAAAAUAACUAUAAAGUUUAAAAAAAAAAGGGAGCUAGGAAAGAACA